AUGUAGAGGGGAAGAAGAUCAAGUUGCAGGUCUGUUCACUCAACUCUUUUCAGCUCUUUGGUAACUCUUGCCUCUCCUGGCUCCAGAGCCUUCUCUGAACUUGACAGCAGGUGUCUGCAGAGCUGUCACGUGGAGAUGGCAUGAAAGCCGAUCCAUGGCAAGCAGCAGAAUUUGUUAAGUCUGUACUCUCUCUCAAGUCUGGGGAACCCAGAAAGCCGAGGAAAGAGGGCUGACCUGCCACAGGACCUGGACAUCCUGAAGGAUGACCUUCAGUGAUGGAGCCUCUCGAAAUCUCUGUCCUCCUUUGUAAAACAGGGGCCAGAAAACAUGUCUCCCAAGGGUAGGGUGAAGAUGGUGCUUGGUAUAAAGUAUUCAAUGAGACCUUGUACCUUAAGCCUGUGUCCUCUCCCAGCCAUCCUCCAUCCUUUUCUCCCUUUACUGUUUUCUGAUUCUGUUUGGUUCAGCCCCACCCUGGUGUAAAAGCUAAGUUCUUAGCAGGGGGGAUUCACUCCUUGGAGAAGCAUUCCCUCUGUCCUGCCCCACGAAACAUGCCACUUUUCAGGGACACAGCUGGCCAGGAGCGAUUCAAGACAAUAACUACUGCAUAUUACCGUGGAGCCAUGGGCAUUAUCCUCGUAUAUGACAUCACAGAUGAGAAAUCCUUUGAGAAUAUCCAGAACUGGAUGAAAAGCAUCAAAGAGAAUGCCUCAGCUGGGGUGGAGCGCCUGCUUCUAGGGAACAAGUGUGACAUGGAGGCCAAGAGAAAGGUGCAGAAGGAGCAGGCCAUCAAGCUGGCUCGGGAGCAUGGAAUCCGAUUCUUUGAGACAAGUGCCAAAUCCAGCACGAAUGUGGAUGAGGCUUUCAGUUCCCUGGCCCGGGACAUCCUGCUCAAGUCAGGAGGCCGGAGAUCGGGAAACAGCCACAAGCCCCCCGGCACUGACCUGAAACCCUGUGAUAAGAAGAACACCAGCAAGUGCUCCCUCGGCUGAGGACCCUAGGCCCAGAGGCUGAACCUCAGGGAGGCAGGGCUAUGGGUGGGCAGGGGAGAAACAGCAGGUGGGGCGAGGGGAGGGGGUCUAGAGGAGAUAGAUGGUGGAAGAGUAGGGAGCAAAUGUAAAAGAAAACAGGAAGGGGAGAGGAGAGAAGACAGGACAGGGAAGGAGAGGCAAGGAGGAGAGAGAAGCAAGCGAGCAGAAAAAGGUGAGGGGGUAGGAAGAAGGGGAGGAGGAAACCACUAGCCCUGGGUGUCAGCCUUUCCCGGGACUUGAGGGCAGACACAAAUGUAAAUAAAAAGUUGACUUGUUGUUACUGAAUCCGGCUUUAGGGUUGUAUGAGGUUGGCUCAGCACCCCUCUAGAGAUUUGACCCUAGGACUCUACAUGCUUUGGCUCGGUAUGAAAGGCCACCACCCACACAGAGGUCCCUGGUUUGGGUAACGAAAUUUAUCAUCAGACCUAAUUCCUGCCUCUAAGGUGGUUGGGCUGGGUUCCUGUGACACCAGGACCUGUCCCUACACAAUGAGGAAAAGAGCAAGGAGGUUCUCUGAACCUGAAGGUCUGGUCAUCUUUCCAUUAUGGGGUUUAGAGGGUCCUAUGGGCAGAGCCUUGUCUGGUUUCCAGGACUCUUUUCUUUUUUCAGAAAGACUCUUUCUUGGGCCUUCCCAGGGGAGUGACAUGCAGACUCAAGGAAAUAACAGGACCUUGUACUGUUUAACCUGUGAUUUCUUCAAGCGUCUCUGAUUCCGCCAGUAAUCCUUUUAGGUAGCUGGGCAGAUGUUUUAAGAUCCAGUUUCAGUGUAGAGACCUACUCAGUUGCUUGGUACAGCUAUUGGAAGUGAGAGCUUACAACUCCCACAGCUUGUCAAGAGACGUGGUCAGGUUUGAUAAGAUACUAGAAGAUUUCGGCAAGACUUUCCGUAUGCCUAAAAGAUACUGGAGAACACUCACACCUACUUUCCGGAACAUACAACUACUGAGACACAGAAACAGCAACUUAACGGAAUGAGGGUAUAGUCACAAGAAAAGUAAAGCUCAGUCUCAACUGCCAUCUAAUGACCUUUCCACAGUCUGAUUGUUCCUGCUUCUGAGGAGCCAGCUCUAUGUCUGAAGGGAAGAUAGAAUUUGUAGGACAUCACAGGGCUUACUUAUACUCUCAUUCCUGGAAUAAAGUGCUGGUGCCCUUAGGGCUGCGCGGUGGAAUCAGCGGCUGUUGUAGUUUAAGUUAGGAAGGCUUCUUGGGCCAGAAAAGUGUGGGAUAGGGUUAACAAGAAAGUCUGGGACUAGCCCUUUCGCCUGAAGACGUUGGGGAGAGCAGAUUACCACCAAUGACCACUACUGACUAUAUAUGUGAGUUUCAGUAGGUCAUCGAGGCUGCACGGUAUGGUGGUCUGUAGCCCUAGAAGGAGGAUCCGGCCAGGGUCCCACGGUGCCCACGACCCGGGAGGAAGCACAAAACCAGCGCAGGCCCACGGCCCAACUCUGACUGCAGGGGGCGGCACGGUCUACUUGGGCUCCCACUCACUGGGUCACCUCGGAAGUCACUUCUACCCCGAGCUUACUCGCAAGAUACCAGAGUCCUGAGCAUUACUGAAGACACGCAGACCUAAGUGUGUAAUUCAAGAAGCAGGGCAGUAACAGGCGCCGUCGUAGGGGAAGGAAAGGCUCCCGCCAAACCCCGACGCUGCCAGUCGGCGACUCGGCUCUGGAGGCUCCCUGGAGGGUGCAGGGCCUUGUCCCGAGCACACCGCAUCGGAGUCGGCGGCAGACGCGUCCCAGGCCGCAGGGACCACGCAACCAACCAAACUCCAAUGAGCUUCGGAAAGGCGACAGCGCGCCCAGGGGCAGCAAGUGCAGCGUCGCCUCCCGCCCGGCCACCGGGGCCACCCUGGCGUUUUCUCAGGCAGAGACGACUGUGCUUCCGUGUCGCUGCUCACGUCGCCCAGAACGGGCCCACGAACGACAGCCCGGGUCGUCCCAGCCCGAGCCAGCCGAGGGAAAAUGAACCCGGCCGGCGGCCUCCAGC